CCGGUAAUCAGGAAGCCAUGGUGAUGAACUUUGAAUUGGUUAUAGUCAUGAAUGUGUACUAUUAGGCGAUGUCCUUGCGAGGGCAUCAGUCAGACGCAUAAGGUCGGUAGCUGUCUGUUUGUCUCGCGUAGCACAGAUGUACCAGCGGCGAUUCUAUCUCCGGGCUCAUCACAAACUAUUCGCUUCUAUUUUGCCUAAAUUUUGCCUACCUAUUUACACUUAUGGAGUCCUUUUAAACUGACACUGAAUCCAUCCAUUCUUCUCUCCCGGGCCAAUUGCUUCAGGCGCAAGCGGUCGAAUCGUUUCCGUGCUUUCGGGGCCAUGCUACGCAACUCAAUGUCUGACUGGAUCUGUCGCGGACUUGACGUAUGGUGUUUCCACACGCUUCAACCCAGCAACCUCUCUGUGUUUAUUUGUCUCAGCAGUACGUUACCAAUAUUCAUAAGCCCGCAUCAACACAAUGGCAACCGUUGAUAGGACACCCAGACUUGUCCAUUGCACAGUUUGAUUUGUGCCGUGAGCAUGACGAAGCAUGAUGCUUCUCCAACUAAACAAUCCGACUUCUUUGUCAGCUUCUCCGGCAUGCCCGGGCAUCGAUCCCUCACCGAGUCCUGUCCGUCCUGGCUUCGGCGGCGGUGGCGGUCCCUGGAUUGCCUAACCAGCGAGCCGCCUAGCCCAGCGCAAUUCUACCUAUUCUGCCGCUCCCCCAACAGGCACACACCAAGGCCCACCGAGCCUACGUACAAUCUGAUUAUCAAGACAUUGGGGUGUCGGUGUUGUUCCCGUCUUUCACACACGGAGCGUCGUCCGUUACACGAUGCCACUGCCGAUUCCGGAAAGUGUAAUAAGCAUACUCAUGUUGCUAAUAUUGAUGUACAUAGAUCAGUAACGCUCACUAAUAAAAGAUGACGCUCAGAUAGAGAAACCCCCAACUGAAUCUCGUAAUCUGGCGGCAAGCACGUAGACCAGAAUCCGGCCUCACGGCGCAACCGCGGUGUCUCAGGAUCUUCUCCAUAGUUGUUAGCGAUGGAAGUCUGUGACAUGCAGCGCUUCGACUUGCCAGACAGGUCCACUGCAGACCCCUGGUCCCAGAUAUGUAUCACCUCGACUGAGCAACUCCCAAGGUCUGCAAGCACCGAGAAACAAUCUAGUCGAUAAACUCCGAUCAUCAGAUAGCCGGCUAAGAAUCCGAAUCUGUUUUCUUGCACUCCUGCCCGUGACGGGCCAAUGUAUUGAUGAAUCGCUUACUCGGUAAUUAUAUAAGGUGUUCACAAUAAAUUAUAGACCAAAGGCAAUGUGGUCCAAGAGCGUAGUAUCGCAACAGGUAGUCAUUGGAUAGCCGUUAGCAUGCCAAUGACAUUACUUCCUCCUCUUCACUUAACUUUAAC